UGCGACAUGUCGUAAAGACGCUCUCUCACGUGGAAACGUCAUGGACGUUUCUUUAGCAAAUUUUAAGUUAAUUGCGUUAUUUUUCAGCUAAACCGGGAUCCACUGUGGUUGGUAUUGUUGUUUUUUCUGUACUCGUUUAUUAGAGGAGAAGGAGAAAAAAAAUGCUGCGCGGUUAAACUUGCGGUACCUUUUUUUUGGUCACACCGGCAGUGUAUGUGUGUUCAUGUGUGUAAUAAAAAUAAAAGUGAGUGAGUAAGUUGGUGCUCACAGACUAGUGUGCAUCAUGUUCGUGUUGGUAGAGAUGGUCGACACCGUCCGGAUCCCACCGUGGGACUUCCAGAAACAACUGAACGAGGCCAUAGCGGAGGAGCUGAACAAGAAACUGGCCAACAAGGUGGUCUACAACGUGGGUCUCUGCAUCUGCUUGUAUGACAUCACUAAACUGGAGGACUCCUAUAUAUUCCCAGGAGACGGCGCCUCGCACACUAAAGUUCAUUUCAGAUGUGUGGUUUUCCACCCUUUCCUCGAAGAGAUCCUCAUUGGCAAGAUCAAGUACUGCAGUCAGGAAGGAGUUCACGUGACGAUGGGUUUCUUCGAUGACAUUCUCAUUCCACCAGAGUCGCUUCAGCAGCCUGCAAAAUUUGACGAAGCAGAGCAAGUUUGGCUCUGGGAGUACGAGACAGAAGAGGGAGCGCACGACCUCUACAUGGACCAAGGAGAGGAGAUCCGUUUUCGGGUGUCAGAUGAGGUCUUUGUGGACACGUCUCCAACGGGGCCAGCCACAGCGGCGUCUGACACGCCAGCACAGCCGGGACAGUCAACGGCGCCACCGGCAGAGGAGAGCAUGGAGAAGAAAGAGGCCCCAUACACUCUGAUUGGGACCAUCUGCGAGCCAGGACUGGGGCUGCUUUCAUGGUGGAACAGUUAGCAAGACAGAAGAAGAAGAUGGCAUUUAAAAGACGCGAAGACGCGAGGACGGUCAGCAGAAGACGCAGAAUGCUGUCGUUUCUUACAACAAGCACAAAGAAGUCGAGCUGCAGUCUAAACCAAGACAUCGUCAGUGUACCAGUAGCUGAUGAUGGACACUGGUUGCACUGAGAGAACUGCUCUAAGCAUACCAGCUUUAAGUUUACAUGUACAAUUUGCCUCUUUAUGUGUUUAUUAACAAAAUUAUCAUUUGGUAUAUUUCCUUCUCAUUAUCACAUCAGCCAGUUAUGCAUAACUUUUAACUUACUUGUGAGCAAAACAGCUUUAUUUAUCAGUCGUUUUUUAUCUUUUUCUUCUGCAUUAUAAAUGCAUUUCACCAGAGGAAGAGGCUGUGAUCUGGGAAAUUGUCAUUUUGUGUGAUUAUAGCAAAUAAAUCAGAGGAGAUUAGUGACCAGCUCUUUAAAUCCCACAUUUUGAGGGGCAGUAAAGGACGCAGCCCUGUGUGUUUAUAACAGAUCUGCACAGUUUGGUUGUGACUCACUCACAGAUUUGUGUGUAUUGUGAAAUCAGAAUUGCAGAAGACAGUAAUUCAUGUGACAGCUUGUUUGUCUGGGUUGUGAAACUCGAACUAAAACAGACUGGUUGCAUGUGACCUUCAGCAGAAAUACUGCUUUAGAGAAUGUGUAGCAUAAGAACUGUGUGAAUGUGUUUAUUAUUAUUAAAAUGAUUUUUU